AUGCAGUCUGUAAAACAGUGUUUGGAAGAGCGUUUAGAAAAAGAGAUUAAUGAGAGUGACAGACAGAGAGAGAAGAUGGAGAUGCUGGAACUGCAGGACUUUGAAGAGUUAAAAGUGAAGUAUUCUUUGUCCGUUGAGCAGAAUCAAAGUCUGGAGGGAGAGUUUAAGGAGCACAUGGAGGACCUGAAAAUGUUGAACCAGUGUUUGGAAGAACAGGUCUCCGUGAGAAGAAGUUUGGAGAAACAGAUUAGUGAGAGAGUUAGUUAUAAGACGAGGAUUGAGACUCUAGAACACCAACUGCAGGACUUUGAGGAGUUGAAAGUGAAGUAUUCUUUGUCCGUUGAGCAGAAUCAAAGUCUGGAGAGAGAGUUGGAAAAAGCAAACGAAAUCUCACGUAAACAUGAGACAGAACAUAAAGAGGCUUGUGAGAAGUUGAUAGAGCUGCAACUGUCACAGAAGAAGGUGUUUAAGGAGGACUUUGGGGAGAUUAGGUCUUUAAAACAGGUCUCAGUUGGCAAAGGUUCAGAACAACAAAAUAAUGAGAGUGCAAAUCAAUGCAAGAAGAUUGAGAUGCUAGAACGCCAACUCCAGGAGUUUGAGGAGGUAAAAGAGGAGUACACUUGGGCUGUCGAGCUGAUCCAAAGGCUGGAGAAAGAGUUGGAAGAGUCCAGAGAAGUCUCACGUAAACAUGAGGCUGAACAUAAGCAGGCUUGUGAAAAAUUGGUAGAAUUACAACUGCUGCAGAAGAAGGUGUUUAAGGAUCACCUCGGGGAGUUGCCAGUUUUCAAGGAGAUGUUUAAGGAGCAGGUGGAAGGUAAACGGGUGGAGCAACAAAUAAGUGAGGUCGUACCCCUGGAGAAGCCGUCUAUGAGUGAAACACAGACGCAAUCUGUGGCUAGCGUAGAGAUGCUAACAGAUGUACAAGAUGUUAGAGAGGAGAACUCUGCGUCUAAGGAAAACGUGAAAAAUCGGACUCAGUUUUAUGAGGGUCAACUUGAGCAGAACAAACAACAGCAGGGGUCCGAGCUGAAGAGGAACCGGGUCAAGGGGAAGAACGUUGAAGCCCUGAUGAAACGGUUUGACCAGUAA